AAAACACAGCAAGACCUCAUCUGAUAAACGGACCUCAGUCAGUCCUCUGACUUUGUCAAAGAACUUCAAAUUUCUCAAAGAGAAAGAGAGUAUUUUGCACAAAAAUGAAGACUGUUAUCGUUUUAACGCUCCUCAUCGCCACAGUCUUCUGUCUGCCUGUGAAGCGCUCAGCUAGCAGUUCAGAGAGCUCAGAAGAACUUGUGGUUGUUCAACGGCCACCUCCUAUUCUGCAAAAAGCUGCUGCUGUUAUGUUCAAGGCAGAACCUACACAGACCACGCCAGCUGAAUCCAAUGAAAGCACAGACAGUGCAGAUGACAGUGAGGAUGCAGAUGAGGAAUCUGAAACAGAUGAGAGGGAAGAUGAGAAUGAUACUGAUUCCAGUGAGAGUGAAUCUGGAGAAUCUGCGAUCACCGUUGUCCCCUCCACAGUAGAACCCUCACUGGACCCCAUCAUCAACACAGGCCGGGGAGACAGCAUGGGCUACCCUAGCGACUACAAAAAAAACAUUGUCUACGUGGAUGCAAACAACUUUGAAAAAUUACCUUCCCCAUACAAGUCCUACAGCAGUGACAAGUUGGGCGGCUUGACAUUUGUGAGCAAGAAGUCCUCUGACCAGAGCAUCAAUGAUGUGGAGAAAGAGAUUAAACUGUACAAGGCUCUGCAGGUGCAUGAUACUCUUCUGGAGGAGGAGGACACCAGCACCCCAGAGGUGCAGAACAUGGAGCCAAACGACCGCCAGGUUGCUCUGGGAAGCCAAGAUAUCGUUCCCACUGGAAACCAGGAUGCUACAGCAGAGUCAGACAGCGAGGGGGCAAGUGCUGGCGACACUCCCAACGACAGCACAAGUGCCAGUGCCAGCCAGGAGCAAAAUGAAGAGGAGUCAGAUAGCAGCCCGAGCAGCGAGGAGACCACAGCCACGCCUGGAGCUGCAGACAGCGAGGACGACUCCUCACAGAGCACAGAGAGCCAGGAGAGCGAUUCGGAUGAGGAGACCACCCAGACCACCGACGCUACCGUUAUCAUAGCAAAGUAAACACGUCCAAGCACAAACCCUCAACGGGCUGUCGACAGAAACGAAUGCAAAUGUAUUAAUUGUAUGGUGCUUGGUGACUCACUCCACCUGAUGUUAGUGUGAGUUAGACAAACGGCAGAGCACAAAGAUGCGGUUCAUACAAGUUCUUGAACUGCUGCCUAAUCUGUUAAGAUGCAGUUUCAUCUCAACAAUGUCUUCCUGUUCAUUGCACAAUUAUUUACAAUAUUAAUGUAAAUGUAAUUUUAUACUGCUCUAUGUAUGUAAUGAUUGAUCAUUCAUAAAUAAAUUUUGUCCU